UACAGCGUCUUCUCCCGGCGCAUGAAGAUAUGGAUCACCGUCAUGGCGACCAUUGCAAGCGCCGUCUCCCCCAUGACCGCCCACGUCUACUUCCCGGCAUUGGACGCCUUGGCCGAGGAGCUCAACGUCUCCAUCUCGCUCAUCAACCUGACCCUGACCUCCUACAUGAUCUUCCAGGGCAUAUCCCCGACCAUCUUUGGAGACUUUGGUGACAUGGCUGGCCGUCGACCCGCUUUCAUCGUGGCCUUUGUCAUCUACAUCUGUGCCAACAUUGGCCUUGCCUUGCAACGAAACUACGCCGCGCUCCUCGUGUUGCGCUGUCUCCAGUCAGCUGGCAGCAGCGGCACUCUGGCACUCUCGUACGCCGUCAUUGCAGACAUCACGCCGACCGCUGAGAGGGGGAGAUACAUGGGCUUUGUCAGUGUUGGAAUCAAUAUUGGGCCCACGAUUGGUCCGGUGAUAGGAGGCUUGUUGAGCCAAUAUCUCGGAUGGCCGUCCAUAUUCUGGUUCUGUGCCAUCUUCGUCGCGGUGUGGUUGGUUCCAUGGGUUGUCACCGUUCCCGAAAUGUGUCGAAACGUUGUUGGAAACGGCUCAAUACCGCCUCAAUCCUGGAACUAUACUGUCAUCGAGUUGCUAAGGAGGAGGAAGGGGGGCGAGAAACUAGACCCUGGACCAAAGAGAAAGCUGCGAUUUCCGAACCCAUUGGGCACUCUCGUCAUUACGUUUGACAAGCAGAUGAGCCAGAUCUUGCUCAUUGCGGCAAUCAUCUACUGCAACUUCAUUCUGGUGGCGGCCACGCUGUCCCCGCUCUUCACGGAGAUAUAUCACUACGGUGAACUGGAAGUCGGCUUGUGCUUCUUGCCGUACGGCUUCGGGUGCUGCUUGACCGUGGUGUUGCAGGGAUAUGUGGUGGACUGGAACUACCGCCGCAUUGCAAAGAAGCUGGGCGUUGAUGCGAGCCAUGGGCGACGAAACGAGAUUGGAGACUUUCCCAUCGAGUCAGCGCGCAUCCAGCCCAUAUACCCUUGUCUGCUUGCAGGUGCUGCCGCUGUCAUCGGCUAUGGCUGGGCUUUGCAGGCGGAGACGAGCGUGGCCGUGCCGCUUGUUCUUGUCUUCGCCAUCGGCAUGCUCGUCCCCAGCACUUUUAGUAUACUCAACACGCUCAUUGUUGAUUUGUAUCCCGGGUCGCCGGCUACGGCAGCGGCGGCCAACAAUCUGGUUCGCUGCUUGUUUGGAGCCGCGGCCACUGCCGUUGUGGAUUACAUGAUUGCAGCCAUGGGCCGG